GGCUCGUGUAACAGACGGGUUGUCCUCCACAUCUUGUUCCGGAUGUGUCGCUCGUGCACCGGUCGCGUUUAAAUGGCUUAAAAAUAAUCCCGUCUAUUUGUAAACCGUGGAGACUUCUCUCUCUCUCUCUUUGUGUGUGUGUGUGUGUGUGUGAGUGAGUGAGUGUGUGACGGGCUGAACACUGACCGGAGUCGUAGCGGAAACCGAACGACAAAAUGCAUCGUCCUGUCGUUCUGCUGCUGAUGUGGUGCCACUUCUCACGGGCUUUCCCCGCUGCUCCAGGAGAUACUGUAAUAGUUCAGGCCCAGCAAUCGGGAGUGCUGGGUGCCCAGCGGGUCGAGGAACAGGUUCUUCUCAAUGGAGUCUCUCUCACUGGCACAAGCCAGGAUUUCAAUAACAUAAUAGAAACCAUUUUGUCUGAUGCUCUCCUUCCGAGUCUCAUCAGUGUCAACCAGACUUCAGUGCUGAGCAACCACACUGUCCUUCGCUCCCGCGAAUGCAUACUGGAGGGGUCUCGGCUACGCUGGACGGACCGCGUUUUCUACGAUGGGAAGGUCUAUCUAACUCUUGACCACACCGACACGUGGACGGCCCAUGUUCCACAAGCGUUGGCCCUCAAAGUGUUAUGGGACCAGGAAGAGCAUCGCACAAGGCCGGAGAGGAUCCGUCUUCAGGAGGGAUGCAUCAAGUUAAUGAGAGAACUGAAGCUUUCAGAGGAACAGUCUGUUCCAGGGAUUCCCUUGCCUCAGGUUCUGAUCCCCAUCUUGGCACUCCUGGCUUUUACCGGCCUGAUCAUAAUCAGCCUCCUCCUGUCUAAAAACUGGGGUCUGGGGCACCCUGGAGGUGUUAUUGGCUCAGUCAUACAUUACCCCAAAGACAUAGCUGAAAUGGGUCCGGAGAAAAAAGACUGCGAUUACCGUACCUUGUAAUUCAAAGCUCAAGCUGAACGACAGGCUUCCGUUGCUCUGCAUCUGAUGUUGAAUGUCCACUUACUGAUUUUUAGCCAUUUUUUUCCUCUGUGAAGAGACUGUCGCUCCAUGAAUGUAACCAAACCCUUGCUACAGCACCAGCAGCCUACUGUAACCAACAUUAUUGUAUGCACUUUAUCAUGCAUGUGUCACACUUUGCACUGGUGUUUUUAUUCUGUAUAUUAUUUAAAUGUAUACACACACACACAGGAUUGUAAGUAUGUUCACUGCCUGCAGCAACGUACCUGCUUCUAUUUGCACAGUUAAACAGGGGAGGUAUUUUCAAAAGAUAUUCAAAUACACGAUAUACAUGGGAACAUGUUGGAAACAUUCUGUUACAAGCACAUACUGUACAGUAUGCAAUGCAGGUCAACAAAGAGCAUGUAAUAAUGUCCCUGAGAGUGAGACUUCUUAGAGUAAAGCCCUGCUGAAAUCAACAAUUUGUUUUUUUGUCCGAAGACCAAUCACAAUGGAACUCUGCCAAACACUGGAUGGACCAACUGUGUCCAGUUUUCCAAAGAGGCUGACUGUGCUGUGUUGUUUGUACUCCUGGUUAAAUUUCUCUGAGAUAAUGUAUGAUGUUGCAAUUGUCAAAAUAAUAUAUGUUUCCUAUGAUGUAUUCAUGUAAAAUUGCAAAAAUGUUUAAUUAAAGAUCCUUUUAUCCUAUGUUUAUUUUA